AUACUAGUAGAGACAUCAAGUCAGUGUUUAGAGAAACCAGCAACUGAAACUCAGUUCAGGCUUCAGUGGUGGAGAGCUUAAGAGAAUCAUGUCGUCUUCUUCAACAAAUGUUUUUGAGAUUGGAAAAUACGCAACCACUCUUCAUAGAUUUGAACCUGCUGGAACUUGCAACACAAAUUGUACAUCAACACCUGUUCCACCACCAAAGCCGCUUUUGAUUGCUACGCCCACUGAUGCUGGAGACUUCCCACUUCUUUUAUUUCUUCAUGGCUAUCUUCUGUACAACUCCUUCUACUCUCAGCUUAUCCAACAUGUUGCUUCUCAUGGCUUCAUUGUCAUUGCUCCUCAGUUAUACGAUGUGGCCGGAGCAGAUGCAACUGGUGAGAUUAAAUCUGCAGCUGCAACAACAAAUUGGUUAUCAGAAGGACUCCAUGGUCUGCUUCCACCCAAUGUUAAGGCAAAUCUAAGCAAGCUAGGCCUUGCUGGUCAUAGUCGUGGAGGCAAAACUGCCUUUGCUCUUGCUCUUAUGAAAGCGUCCACCACUUUAAAAUUUUUGGCCUUAAUAGGUGUGGACCCAGUCGAUGGAAUGGACAAAGGGAAACAAACUCCUCCACCGGUGUUGACAUAUGUUCCUCAUUCCUUUGAUCUUGAUAUGGCGGUGAUGGUGAUUGGUUCAGGCUUAGGUGAAGUAAAAAGAAAUCCACUAUUCCCUCCUUGUGCUCCUAAGGGAGUUAACCAUGAAGACUUUUUCAAUGAAUGUCAAAAACCGGCUUGUCAUUUUGUGGUUAAGGACUAUGGUCAUCUUGAUAUGUUAGAUGAUGAUACCAAGGGAAUCCGAGGGAAAGCUACAUAUUGUCUUUGUAAGAAUGGCAAGUCCAGGGAACCCAUGAGAAUGUUUACUGCAGGAAUUAUUGUUGCUUUUAUGAGAGCUUAUUUGGAUGGGGAUUUCAGUGACUUAAUGUCCAUAAGAGAUGGGCAUGCAGCUUUACCUGUGGAGUUCCAAACUGUCGAAUUUCUAGAGUGAAACUCAAAUGGUUUGAUGACAGUACAGGAGUUUCAAUACAACUAUACAACUUGAAUUUGUUCUGUUUUGAUCUUAUUAUGACAAUAAUGAAGACUUUUGUUUAUGUUUGAAA